CAAGGGUUUCUUCUUCUCCCUCUUCUUCAUUUUAUUUACUCCGCGCAAAAGAAACCAAAAGAAGAAAAAAACUAGGGUUUAUCAUUGUAGAUCACCUACUCUAAUGGCGGCCGCUGUACCCAGAUCUUCGAAAACAGAAAGCUAUGUUGAUAACAAACGCAAGGAUGAUGUUCGUCAAAGCAAUAUCAUCGCUGGUCGAACAGUAGCAGAUGCAGUUCGUACCAGUUUAGGUCCAAAAGGUAUGGAUAAAAUGAUUCAAAAUGGAAACGGUGAAGUAAUCAUUACUAAUGAUGGUGCUACAAUCUUGAUGAAGAUGGAAGUUCUUCAACCUGCUGCAAAAAUGCUUGUUGAACUUUCCAAAUCUCAAGAUAUCGUUGCUGGUGAUGGUACUACUACUGUUGUUGUUAUUGCUGGUGCUCUUCUUAAACAGUGUCUUACUCUACUCAAUAAUGGUAUUCAUCCUACUGUUAUAUCUGAAUCACUUCACAAAGUUUCCGAAAAAUCUGUUGAUAUUUUAACUGCUAUGGCUGUUCCUGUUGAGCUAUCUGAUCGUGAUUCGCUCAUGAAAUCUGCUAGUACUUCUCUUAACAGUAAAGUUGUUAGUCAGUAUUCUACUCUUCUAGCUCCACUUGCUGUUGAUGCCGUACUUUCAGUUUUAGAUCCAUCUAAACCUAAUCUUAUUGAUCUUCGCGAUGUUAAAAUUGUGAAAAAACUUGGUGGUACUGUUGAUGAUACCGAGCUUGUUAAGGGUUUGGUAUUCGAUAAGAAAGUUAGUCACUCUGCUGGUGGUCCAGCUCGUGUUGAGAAUGCUAAAAUUGCUGUUAUUCAAUUUCAGAUUUCACCUCCAAAAACUGAUAUUGAACAGAGUAUAGUCGUUUCUGAUUAUACACAGAUGGAUAGGAUUUUGAAAGAGGAGAGGAAUUACAUUCUUAGUAUGAUUAAGAAAAUCAAAGCAACUGGUUGUAAUGUUUUGUUGAUUCAGAAGAGUAUAUUGAGGGAUGCAGUUACCGAUCUUUCGUUGCAUUAUCUUGCUAAAGCGAAGAUUUUGGUGGUUAGGGAUGUUGAGCGUGAUGAGAUUGAAUUCAUUACCAAGACUUUGAAUUGCUUGCCAAUUGCUAAUAUUGAGCAUUUCCGUGAGGAGAAAUUAGGGCGUGCUGAUCUUGUUGAGGAGGUUCCUCUAGGGGAUGGUGGCAAGAUUGUGAAGAUUACUGGUAUUCAGGAUAUGGGAAGGACAACUAAUGUGCUUGUUCGUGGUUCAAACCAGUUGGUUCUUGAUGAGGCCGAGAGGAGUUUGCAUGAUGCAUUAUGUGUGAUCAGGUGUUUGGUCAACAAAAGGUUUUUGAUUGCCGGUGGAGGUGCACCUGAAAUAGAGUUAUCAAGGCAACUUGGUGCUUGGUCGAAGGUCUUGCACGGAAUGGAAAGUUACUGUGUGCGUUCAUUUGCUGAGGCACUCGAAGUUAUUCCUUACACUCUGGCUGAGAAUGCAGGAUUGAACCCAAUUGCGAUUGUUACUGAACUUCGUAACCGACAUGCGCAGGGUGAGAUUAAUGCUGGGAUCAAUGUGAGGAAAGGGCAAAUCACCAACAUCUUGGAGGAGAAUGUUGUACAGCCAUUGCUCGUCAGUACUAGUGCAAUUACACUGGCUACGGAAUGUGUGAGGAUGAUUCUGAAGAUUGAUGAUAUUAUUAUGGUUAGGUAGAACAUGCAAAUGUUCAGUCAUUGGAUCCUGUGCUUUUACUACAUGGGACACGAAGUUCAGGAGGCUGGUUUCAAAGAAGGAUGAUAUGUUGCCGCAGUCGUGCAGACGGUUCUUUUUCGAGCACUGAUUACUUAGGUAUGGUCAGGUUAAGGUAAGAAAGUUGAGAACAUGGCUCUGAACAACAUGAGUUUUUGAUUAGUAAGUUUGGUGUGCCUAAUUAGUUAGCUUUCAUUUCGCUUUUUCUUUUUGGAGUUUGGUUUAAGAAUGUCCACUGUUUGUGUCAUUGAAUUAUUGUUAGUUUUUGUUCGUAGUUAAGCUCCAGUUUAUUAUGUUGGACAUGACAAGUAACAAUAUUCAGCAGUCUUGCACUGUCUAGUAGCUCCAUAUUUUCAGUUUCUAUUUGCCAGGCAUCUCUAUAUUGCUUAUAGUUUUGGCUCUUCAAAAGUGCUGUUUUUAUGGUUAAACAAUUUAUUGGUUGGCGUA